AUGUUCACAGGGGAAAAUGUGGUCAGUGGUCACUUCCUCACUGGAGGUGCGUUCAAGCCCCAUCAAGGACUGGAAGUGAACACAUCGAUUCAAAUGGAGAAUGGGCAACGUUUUGGGAACUUUCCUCCUUUCCAGGAUCAGAUCUACAACAAUGCCAGCGUACCCCAAUUGGAAAACAAUGUUAUUACGACCACAUUUAAACCAACACCUGUAGUUGUGCCUCCCGCUGCACUCAAACUGGGGAAGGAAGGCUUCAAAAAAGUCUGCCGAACUGAGGAACACAGCCCCUGUCCAUUCCCUGGACUGCCCACAGGCGUUCUAGAGAUGCGCGUGAAAGAGGGGAGUAAAAUCCGCAACUUGAUGGGCUUCGCGAUGGCACGGAUGCAAGGUGAAAAAGGAUUCUGUGGUGCUGGUGAAGGUGGGCUCAGACAGGUGGUCUUCACUGGUUCAGGCCGCGCUGUCACCAAGACCAUCACGUGUGCCGAGAUCAUGAAGCGCAAAGUGGGCUCGCUGCACCAGCUGACCAAGCUCCAAUACAAGGUGGUAAAGGAGGUGUGGGAGAAUACAGAAGGGGGCACGUCAGAGAUGACCGUCCACAGGACGGUGCCCUCGAUCAGCAUCCUGCUCUCCAAAGACCCACUGGACCCUCAGGAGGCAGGCUACCAACCACCAGAGACUCUUGGCGCACUGUGGGAGAACAAAGAUGGGGGCACCACACCGUCCACUUUCAAGAGACCUCCAGAAACUUUACCGUUUGACAGUUUGCCGUACUGUAAGCGUGCUUGCUCGGGCGAGGGGGUCUCUUAG